GGCAUUUUGUGAGUCGCUUAGUUCGGAUGGUCUACAAGGAUUUAGUUUCCUUGUCGUGAUUUCCUCUGAAGGGAAAUGCGUAUAGCGGAGACGCAAAUUAAGAAGUCGUAUUCUCCAUUUUCCUAGCGUUUCAUUUCGUCGAAUAUUCUUGUAGUUUCUGGAGAGUUAAUGCACAAUGAGGUACAGACUUGUGCUAAAGAGACUGGCCUGCACCGGACUGGCUGUGGGUGGAGGGGCAGUGCUGACAGCUUACCUGUACCCUCAAUAUGCCACUAGGAAAGAGGGUGUAACCAAGGUGAUGGCUGCCCAGACAAUCCCACCGCUUUCUGCACCCCUACCCACACGUGCCCAAGUCCUGGACUCCCUCAGAAAUGAGGAGUUUGACAUCUUGGUGAUUGGAGGUGGAGCCACAGGAGCUGGCGUUGCUUUGGACGCUGUCAACAGAGGAUUUAAAACUGCUUUGGUGGAGAAGUUUGACUUUGGGUCUGGUACCAGCAGUAGAAGCACAAAGCUGAUCCACGGAGGAGUUCGUUAUCUGCAGAAAGCCAUCUUUAACCUUGAUAUACAUCAGUACCGAAUGGUGAAAGAAGCAUUGACAGAGAGAGGAAAUCUCAUUGAUAUUGCUCCACAUUUGGCUUACCCAUUCCCUAUCAUGCUUCCAAUAUACAAAUGGUGGCAGGUGCCGUACUUCUGGGCUGGUAUUAAGAUGUACGACCUGGUGGCCGGCCGACAAAUCCUCAAACCCAGUUACUACAUUAAUAAAACAAAGGCCCUGGAGUUAUUCCCAAUGUUGAAGAAGGAGAAACUGGUGGGGGCGCUAGUGUAUUAUGAUGGCCAGCAUGAUGAUGCUCGCAUGAAUCUGUCCAUUGCCAUAACUGCAGCCAGGAUGGGUGGAUCAUUGGCCAAUCACACAGAAGUUCUCAGUUUGCUCAAGAGGCGAAACCCAGAUGGCCAGGAAGUAGUUAGCGGGGCCCGGUGUCGGGACAUGCUCACAGGUAAGGAGUUUGAUGUCCAUGCUAAGUGUGUGAUUAACGCCACUGGCCCAUACACAGACAGUAUCAGGCAAAUGUCCAAUCCCCAGAAGAGGAAAAUCUGUCAGCCAAGCUCAGGAGUUCAUGUCGUGCUACCAGACUACUACAGCCCUGAGCGUAUGGGUUUGCUGGAUCCGUCCACCAGUGAUGGACGGGUGAUUUUCUUCCUCCCGUGGCAAAGAGUUACCUUGGCAGGAACCACUGACAAUGCCUGUGAGGUGUCUGACUAUCCACAGCCUUCAGAGAACGAAUUCCAGUUCAUCCUGAACGAGGUGCGGAACUACCUCCACCCUGACAUAGAAGUUCGUCGUGGAGAUGUCCUGUCUGCCUGGAGUGGAAUUCGUCCCCUGGUGUCGGACCCAGCUAAAGGCGACACUCAGUCCAUUGCUCGUAACCACAUCAUUGAGGUUGCAGAGGACAACUUGAUUACCAUCGCAGGUGGUAAAUGGACGACAUACCGCCACAUGGCGGAGGAGACCGUCGAUAAGGCAGUUUCAGUGUGUGGGUUAUGUGCCCCUAAGCAAGUGUCCACCAUCGGCUUACUGCUGGAUGGGGCACACGGUUGGACACCCACGCUCUUUAUCCGAUUGGUGCAGGAUUUUGGUCUGGAAAACGAGGUUGCCCAGCAUCUGGCUAACACGUAUGGAGACAAAGCAUUCAAAGUGGCCAAACUUGCCAGUCUGACUGGAAAACGCUGGCCUGUAGUUGGCCGGAGAAUCCAUGAUGAAUACCCAUAUUUAGAAGCUGAGAUUCGCUACGCUGUACGGGAGUACGCGUGUUCAGCGGUUGACGUCCUUGCCCGCAGGACACGCCUUGCCUUUGUGAAUGUACACGCUGCGGAGGAGUCGCUCCCGCGUGUGGUGGAGAUCCUGGCAGAUGAGUUAGGCUGGAGUAAAGCAAAGCAGAAGGAGGAAAUGGAGCACUGCAAGAGAUUCCUCAGACGUGAAAUGGGACUUGAUCUGAAGAGUGCCUCUCAGAACGUCCCGAUCAACUUCACCAAGGACGAGAUCAACCAGUACGUGAAACGCUUCCAGUCUCUGGAUGCUGACAAGAAGGGCUACAUCACUGUCAAUGACCUAAGGAAAUACUUCAAGAAAAUCGGUGAACGGGUGACAGAGGACCAGUUGCAUGACAUUCUGAACGAAGUGGACUUGAACAAAAAUGCUCAGGUGGACAUGGGAGAAUUCCUUCAGCUUCUGCAGGCCAUGAAGCUGCGGCAAGAACGGUUAGCCAAAUAUGGCGACGACGAAGAAGAGAUGAUGAGUGCUAUGAGAUCAGGCACGUUAUCCAACAGUCGGUUUGCAGUCGCCACGAAACUCACCGAAAAAGACGCAAUUCCUGUGGAACGAAGCGGUGGUGGCGUAUAAACCCUUCAACAGUUUUCUAAAAUUUUGUGUUUUUUGGGGUUUUUUUUUCAAGAUGCCAGGGUUUAAAUGUGUGUGUGUUUGUGGAAAGACCAAUGUCUUUUUUUUCUGUCUUUAUGAAAAAAAAAAACAAAGAGAGUACCACAAGAUUUAUAAUAAUAUCUUUCAGUGUGAUUUGAUGAUUGUGAUUUCGGAAAUGAUUUCCCUGUAGGUUGGACUUCUGUUCAGUUCAUUCCAAAUACUCUAUAGUCCAGUUUAAAUAUUGAACACGGUUGAUUUUGUGUCUUUUCUUGGUCUUAACAAUCUAACACAUACACGUAUCUCUAUGUUGGGUCAUACCUAGCCUAAAAUGAUGUGGUGUUCUGGUUGGAUAAGGCAGGGUUUGUCAGCUUCUUUCUUUUGUGAUUUCUUUGAUAAAUUUAUAAAGUUUUGCCUUGUUCUUUCCAACUCAACUCAUUAUUGGAUAACAGCAGAGUAGAAUGACAUACAUUUGCGUAAAUGUUGUCUCUGGCACAAAAUUUAAGCUUGUACAAAUAACUUGACAAACCAUAACUCGUCAAAUGUUUUCUGCUUAUUGCUAAAUAGUAAUAUAAUCGUAGCUAACCUACAACUUAUCAGCUCAUGUCAUAAGGAAAAGUUAGUCGAUUUUGAUAACCUAUAGCAAAUGUAGACGGGUAACAUUGAAUACAUAUGCUGUGUCUUGAUUGGUUGAUUUCUGAGCUAACUUGUAGUCAGCACAAACUUGUAGUUAGCACAAACUUGUAGUUAGCACAAACUUGUAGUUAGCACAAACUUGUAGUUAGCUCACUUCUAUUCAUGAGUACCGUAUUGCAUCUCAAGUUCAAGCAUUUUCAGGUGACACAUUUUGCUUGAUUCUGAUUGAUUCAUCCACCUUAUUGGGCCACUUAAGAGUUUUUUUUUUGUUUUGUAUUUUUUCUGAAGUUUGAUUAUUAUUUCUUAUCAUAAAAAACUUAAAUGUUGUUAAGUGUCGUACUAAGGCCUUUAUGUGAUUCUGAGAGAGUAUUUUUGCAGACCAAACUUAAUGUGAAUAGAGUAUAUCAUUUUAUCAGCCCUCAGAGUAUGCCUUACAGUACAGCAUGACUGUUACAUGUGUGGUAGCAGUGUGCCUUACGGUACAGCAUGAGUGUUACACUUUUGGAAGCAACAUGCCUUACAGUACAGCAUGACUGUUACACAUGUGGAAGCAGCGUGCCUUACAGUACAGCAUGACUGUUACGCGUGUGGAAGCACUGUGCUUUACGGUACAGCAUGGCUGUUACGUGCAUGGAAGCAGCGUGCCUUACAGUACAGCAUGGCUGUUACGUGCAUGGAAGCAGUGUGCCUUACAGUACAGCAUGGCUGUUACGUGCAUGGAAGCAGUGUGCCUUACAGUACAGCAUGGCUGUUACCUGCGUGGAAGCAGCGUGCCUUAUGGUACAGCAAGACUGUUACCUGCGUGGAAGUGUUGAUGAAUAUUGUUACACAUGUAGUUGCAUUUAUGGAUAUUUAACUUGCAUUUACCAUAUAUGGUAGUGUAGUGAUAUAACUGUGUACCAUAUACGGUAGUGUAGUGGUAUAACUGUGUACCAUAUACAGCUGUGUAGUGGUAUAACUGUGUACCAUAUACAGCUGUGUAGUGGUAU